AUGCCGGAGGAGGUGACCGCUGCCGAGCCAAAGAAACCAGCUUUAUUUUCCAUACAUUCUCAAAGAUUACGGGUAUGCAUUCUGAUGAUGCUCUCCGGAGCUAUUGCUCAAUGUAUGAGGCUGAAUUUGAGCAUGGGACUGCCGUGUAUGAUCAACGCCACUCUAUCACAUGAGCUUUAUAACACUACCUUAAACGAGGAGAAUACGGGUACACUCGACUGGAGCCCCCAGCAAAAAUCGGCCAUCCUGUCGGCUUCUUCCUGGGGAUCGCUGAUUGCCACGUUAUUGGCCGGAUAUGUUUCGGAUAAAUUUCAGCCGAAAAUUGUCAUUACAUUGGGCGUCCUCGGGAUGGCCAUCAUGACCGCGUUGGGGCCGCUUUUUGCUAAUAUUUCCUAUUACCUAUUCUUUGCCUCCAGGACUAUUCAAGGAAUUUCUGGGGGCUUCAUCUUCCCCGCCGGAAGUGCGAUGGCCAGUCGCUGGUAUCCGACUACGGAACGCUCCACGCUGGCGUCAAUUUACAGUGUUGGGAGUACGCUCGGCUCCUCUGUUACGCCAUUAAUCGUUGCUCUAUUAUGCACCUCUUUCCUCGGCUGGUCUUCUUUGUUCUACGUUUUUGCAAUUGCCGGUCUGGUUUUCGUGCUUUUCUGGGUGUACGUCGUGUCGAACCACCCAUCAUCCAAUCGACUGAUCUCCGACGAAGAGCGGGAGUACCUCGAGCGAGAGAUCAGCUUUUCGGGACGUCAUGGCAAGGGGCAUGAGAAGGGUGCCGAUAACUUCCCAUGGACAAAACUCCUAUUUUCACCACCCCUGCUGGCCAACUACACGUGCCAAUUCUCAUAUCAAUUUGCCCAGACGGCAAUGCAACAAUUCUUGCCGCUGUUUUUGAAUGAUCAUCUGGGAUUCUCGAUCACAAAGAACGGUCUCUACACCACACUCCCCUUUACGCUCAACGUUUUUUUCGGGCUAUUCUGGGGCCGAGUAGCUGAUCUUCUCAAGGAAAAGAAGCUAAUGACACCAACGAUGGCUGCAAAAGUUUUUCAGGCUAUCGAUUGUUUUGGAAGUGCUUUCGCGAUAGCCCUCAUCGCCAUCAUUCCAACUGUCGAAAACCCGAACUCCGCCCUGAUCUUUCUGUUGAUAUUCGGCGUCACUUUCCCGGCGGGCGUCAGCGGCUACUUCACGUCAUUGAUUUCGAUUUGCCCUCAAUAUUCGGGGACGGUAAUGUCAAUCUCGAGAGGAUGGGGUUUGGUUUCGCAUAUGGGGACGCCGUGGAUGAUGACGUUGUUUAAUUAUUGGGGUCUCAAACAAAAAUGGAUCAUCCUCUACGGCCUCGCCGCGGUCUUCCAGCUCAUCUCCGGCAUCUUGUUCACCAUCUACGGCGAUUGCGAGGUGCAAUCGUGGGCGAGAAAGGUGGAACCGCGAAAGGAGGACCCGGAAAAUGUGCCUGAGGAGACGAAAAUUGAC